GAGAAACGCCUCUGGAUGGAUGCACGGUUACGAGAAUGAUACUGAAUUGGUUGGCUACGUUCCUUACUCUGAACGACCGGAGACGUACAUUGUGCCAGUAGUGUUUGCGAUCAUCUUCCUAGUGGGAGUGCUGGGGAACGGUACACUGGUCUUCAUCUUCGCUUGUCACCGCACCAUGAGGAACGUUCCCAACACUUAUAUAUUCAGUCUUGCUCUGGGAGAUCUGCUCGUAAUCGUUAGUUGCGUGCCUUUCACAUCCACUCUGUACACGAUAGAGUCGUGGCCCUGGGGCGAGCUGAUCUGCAAACUGUCCGAAGCGACCAAGGACGUCUCCAUCGGCGUGUCCGUGUUCACUCUGACCGCACUCAGUGCCGAGAGGUACUGUGACAUCGUCAACCCCAUCAGAAGUCACAUCUCCUCCAAGCCGCUCACCAUCAUCACGGCAGUACUUAUCUGGAUCAUGUCUUUGAUACUGGCUCUACCUGCAGCCAUAUUCUCCAAUGUCCAGUCUGCAGAUGUGCAAGACAACCAUACGAUCUUGUACUGCUCGCCCUUCCCGAGGCAAUACGGUUCUACGUACGAGAAAGGAAUGGUCCUUUUUAAAUUCCUUGCUUACUACGCAAUUCCUCUGUGUGUGAUCGCAGGUUUCUACGUGCUCAUGGCCAGGCAUCUCGUGCUCAGCACCAGAACCCUACCCGGCGAACACAACCCCUGCAAGAGCCAGUCGAAUCAGAUCCAGGCGAGGAAGAAAGUCGCCAAGAUGGUCCUAGCUUUCGUUAUCAUAUUCAUAAUGUGUUUUCUGCCUUAUCACAUAUUCAUGUUGUGGUUCCACUUCUAUCCAUCUUCACAUGACGACUACGAUGACUUCUGGCACGCUUUCCGCAUCAUCGGCUUCUGCCUCAGUUAUAUCAACUCUUGCAUCAAUCCCAUCGCUCUGUACUUUGUGAGCAAAGCGUUUCGCAAACACUUCAACCAGUACCUGUUCUGCUGUGUGAGGCCCACCAACGAAAUCGGUGACAAUACUCUGAGUCAUCUCAACAGCUUGACCUUCCGCAGACACAACUCCGUGAUGACCAGUCACUACUCGAUCAGCCACAGUGACAAGUCCUGA